AUGGAGAAGGAUACUUUGUACGAGCAAUUACAUGUAGUUCAGGGGAAGCUUGCUAAAGAUCCCUUCAACUUGUCCGGAGACGCAACAAGACGACGAAAAAUAAGUGAAUUGACAUCAACAAAGGACGGGCUUGGGGACAGAAUGUCCGCCAAGAGGACGAAGCUGAUCCUGCCGGACGAAAUUUCAUCCGAGGAAGAGGGAGCAACGGGCCCUACAACAAAGAUGGAAGCAGAUUCGAGCCUGCUCAUCAGGAUUGCGGAGCUCGAGCAAGAAAAGGCCGACAUGGCCCAACAGUUGGAGUGCCAGUUGGCGCUCAUCAAGGAGCUGCAGCAGGAGAUGGCGGAAAUAAAAGCAGCCAACAUGGCCGGGAGGCAGCCGGUCCAUCAGCAAGAACAACAACAGCAGCAGCGACAACAGCAGCAGCAGCAGCAACGACAGGAGCAGAGGAAGCAGCAGCGACAACAGCAGCAGCAGCAGCAACGACAGGAACAGCAAAAUGAAGAAGAUGACGGCAUGUGCCCGGAGGUCAUCAUCGAGGAGGAGGAAGGAGACCCCUUCAACUUCGUCGUCCGAAAGAAGAAGUCAACAAAUAGGACUAAGGUUAGUGCCACCGUUGUUAGUGCCCCACCAACCACCCCAAAAUCCUCUCCCCAAGCAGCCACUCCUAAGAAAUCCAAAAUUCCCCCGAUAACUGGGUACAGGCUAAAUGUACCGCAGUUCCUACGACUUAUUAAAGAGAAAGGGUUGAAAGCAACCCUGAAGAACACGAGGGCUGACAAGACCCUCAUCUUCGCCGAGACGGUAGAAGACCAUGCUGCAAUUUUCGCUCUCAUAAGAGAGAAAGGGCUUCACGCCACCACCAGCACCCCACCGACCCUUAGAACAAAGUCGCUGGUUAUUCGCGGUCUCCACAGGGAGACAGACCCAGCAGACAUAUUGCGGGAAAUCAAUGAAGAUUACCCGCAAUUAAAACUGAAAACUGUGGCCAAUCUAAUUACGCGUGCAGAUAAGCUUCUGCACAGCCAGAUUCGCAACAAAUGUAAUUCACCUCAGAAUCAUGUGAAAUGA